AGAAUUUAAUAAAGACACAAAACACUAGCCAUUUAAACUCCACCACCAAACGCACGCUCUCUCUCAUAAAAACUCUCCUCCACCCUCUCUCUCUCUCUCUCUAUUGCUUUUUUCAUAUUAAAAAAAUAAUAAUAAUAACAAGAAGACGAACCCUCCCCUACGAUUUGCCCAUCAGAUCUUUUCAUCGUUCAUCCUACAGCAGGAGAGGAGCUAAGCCAACCACGCCCAGAGAAAUGGCACAGGAGACCAUCAUCGCCACAUGAACACUCUACUAUUAUAUUCCCUAGCAAUCACCAAACAUAUACUUUACAUUUCUUCACUCCCCAUAAAUGAGGUGUAAGAAGCACCCCUGUGACCCCAGUAGCACCGUCGGUGUCUGUGCCUCCUGUCUCCGGGAACGCCUUCUCGUCCUCAUCGCCGCACAGGCUCGAGUUCAAUACACACAGGACCAUGCUCAAUUGGCCCGCGCCUACUCACGCGCCACCGUAGAUGAUAGUCGGAAAUCAGACGCUCAGCGACCUCCUAUUAUAUUCCCUCGCUCCGUUUCUCCUUACGUUGCUCGACGGAAAUCUGACGACACCUCCUGGUCCCACAACCUCCGCUUCUACAGUACUCCCCAGGUGGGACCCACUUACAGCUCCUCCUCCAUCGCAACCGGCUUCGCCACUUCAGCAACUUGUAAAACUAAGCGCGCCAGAUUCUCCCUUUUGUCGAAUCUAUUCAGGUCUAGAUCCGAGAAAUUUAGUCCAGAUCCUUCUGGUUCCGGUCCUGGGGUUCCUUCUCGGAAUUCGAGCGAGGCAUCAUAUUCUUCGCCGUCCUGGCUAUCAGCGAUAUUUUCCGGUCGCAGGAAAAAGCAAUCUGCGUUAUUCUCUGAGCAAAACUCCGGCGUUGUAGGCCAUAAGCCUCGUCGGAGGAUGGAUCGAGGAAUGUCGCCAGCAAGAGGGGCGGAUUCCGACGACGAUUGUGAGGAUUGCAAUCCGUCUCAGUCUGGCAGUGGGUCCUCUUCUGAGUCAUCGCAGUGGUGGAAAAGGACACCAGUAGCGCCAGCGGCGAUGAGGCGCGGGAAGCCGGGACACUGCAAAAACGUGUCGGGAUUAGCGUUUUGUUUGAGCCCUCUUGUGAGGGCCAGCCCUAACCGGCACUGGAACCAGAAAGGCGGGUUGCCACCCGACAUGGGGUUCUCCGGCGAGGUGAGGGUUCCCGUGAAGCCCCAUCUGUCUGCGGCGGCGUCAUUUUGCGCGAACCGGUCGAGGAAGCUAUGCGAUUUUGGAAGGGCCAAUCACAACCGUUGAGAACGGGUCGGAUCGUUGACAUUUGAUCGCGCUGGUGGUGAUAUUUUUAAAGUACGGUUUUGCCCAUUCUCACUUUCGGUUUUUUUUAGUCAUUAAAUUUUUUUUAACAAAUUAAACCAAAUAUUGAGAGAAAAGGAAAACAAUGAAUAUGGAGAGGGAGAAAAAAAAAAAAAAAAAAGGAAAAAAGCGAAAUGUGGUGUUGGUUUUCUGCGUACAUUGACAUUAGCGAUGUUUGUUAUUGGCAGAAACAAAGGGAAUAUAUCUUUUCUUUUUUUGGUUGUAUAAUUUGUGAAAUAUAUACGUUUGAGGUAAAAACUAUAGUUAUAGUGAAUUUUCCUUUUA